AUGAGUAAUGGUUUGUGUUUGGCCAAUCAGAUUGAUUGUUUGUUUUAUUUAUUUUAUUUUAUUAAAUGGAGACAAGAAAAUCAGUCCUCUCAUUUGAUUACCGAUCAAACAAUGACAUCGUCAAAAAAAGUUGAAAAACCUCAGGGUUCUUACAUCAAAAAGGGCCGUCUCUAUGUCAAAGCAGUAUUUACUGGUUUUCGACGUGGUAAACGUAAUCAACACGAAAAUACCGCUUUACUUAAAUUAGACGGUGUCAAUACUCGACGUGAAACAAACUUUUAUUUAGGUAAACGUUGUGCCUAUGUAUACAAGGCUAAAAACAAGACUUUAGUACCUGGCCAAAAACGUUUAAACCGUGUUCGUAUUAUGUGGGGCAAAGUUACCCGAGCACAUGGUAAAAGCGGUGCCGUACGAGCCAAAUUCCGUCGCAAUUUACCACCCAAAGCUCUCGGACGACGAAUUCGUGUUAUGCUCUACCCUUCACGAAUUUAA